AUGGUACGAACCGAGUUGUUGCGUUGUGGUUGUUUGAUAAUAACGUCACCUAUGCAUGAUGCCACCACCAAUUCAUUGUUGUCAGUAAACACACAAUCAAAUCCUACCGUCGUCUUGAAUCCAACGUUUGACUUCACUGCAUCAACUCCGAUCCCGGAGGAAGAGGAUGAUGACCAAUCGGAUCGCAUACAGCUGAUUUGCGAUGAUCAAGACGAUGACAUACCUACCUCGUCAACACCCUGUCAAAAUGUAUCGUGUGCAAGCGAUACGCCUGAAACAACGCGUUUGAGGUGA